UUUACGGUAAUUAUCUCAAAUUAUAUGGUAAAAAGUUAAAUUGUAAUGCUUCAAGCUCACUGAAAAACUAUAACUUAAACCGCCGGCGCCCUUCUCCUCCGUCUUCUCCGUAGCCGCUGCUUCCCUUGCCGGCUAUUGAUUUCCACCUCCUCCGCUGCUUCCGCCAGCGUUUCUCCUUAUCCGCUGUCGACUAUCGUUUUUUCCUACACCUCUCGCUGCCGCCGCUUCCACUGCUCUUCAACAAAGAUAAGGAAGAAGGUUUAUUGGCACCUUUUGCUUUAUAUAAGAAUUUCCAGAUUCUCCGCACAUCAGCUCAAUUUAACUGGCCACCGAUUGCCUCCCGCUGUUUCCCGACGGAUAUGAAAACUUAAGGUUUUUUCAGGUGAUUGUAAACCAAGUUUAAUUAAGUGAGUUCGAUUUGGUAUAUUAAGGUGCUGGGUGCGGAUCAAAUAUGUUUAGGCAAGUACUUGGUGGGUUUUUAAACAAAGGUCUUUUCUCAAAUAAAGGAGAAAAGCUUAGACCUUUACUAUGUUUACCUACUUGUGGCAUCCACAGUGGACAGGUUCAUUACGCACCAAGAAGCUUUUUUGGGGUAGAAGAUUUUCUUGACGAUGACAAUAGCAGGCCUUAUACAUACCAGAAGGAGAAAAAGUCAAAAAAUCCCACUAAGCAUAUGUCGUUUAAGCAACGGACUAGAGCAUUCAUGGAACCAUUUACACUUGAUGUGUUUAUCUCUAAGCGCUUUGUUUCAGCGUCGCUUACUCAUAGGGUGACAAGUAAACAGGUUGCAGUUGCUGGUACGAACUCUAAAGAUAUUAAAGCUGCUCUCAAGUCCCGGUCAGACGUACCUGCAUGUUUAGCCAUUGGGCGCAUAUUAGCUGAGAGGGCAAGAGAAGCUGAUGUUUAUACUGCAUCUUACACUCCAAGGGAGCGGGACAAGUUUGAGGGAAAGAUUCGAGCUGUUGUUCAGUCUCUCAUCGAUAAUGGGAUUGACGUCAAAGUAUAUCUUGACUAAUCAGGUUCCUUUCGUUCUUGAAAUUAGCGGUUUUCCCGUUAAUUCUUGAAACUAGUCGUUGAGACCAUAGGGAAAUAGUUGUAUUAUUUUGAAGUUUGUAAAUUAUAUGCGUAAGUGCAACAAUUGUGAGAAUCAAUCAACUGCAAAGAGUUGUCUUGAAUGUUAGAGUUUAAGCUUUUCUACUGUGCUUUGAGGCUGAGAAGCAACAGGAGCAACAUUCGGGUUAGAAUUUGGCUUUGUUAUUUAUAGAAAACAUAGACUGAUUUAGUUACUGGUUAACUGAAGAUAAGCUCUGCUUUGCUUCUUUACAAUUUCAGUUGAAGAGUUUAUCUUUGUAAUUGUAUUACAUCUGUAAUUGCUGAUUCUUAGUCUACUGUUAAAUUCGUAGAAAGAAAUACAACGGAGUUGAUUACAAUAA